AUGAUACUUUCAGGAUGCCGUUCAUUACGCACACCAGAUUCAUCGUCAGAUGGUAGCCUGUCGCCCCCCGAGCUCUUCUCUGGCACCUCCGAAGACGAUGAGUCUGAGGCGUCUUUCGAUCUCGCUUUCACUCCCCUGCCCCUGACAAGGCAUCACGUUCGCUCCAAAGAGUAUAUUCGUACUAAGCUUCCUUAUCUCUUCGAUCUGAACAUCGAAAAGCCAAUUUCACCGCCCCCAACGGAGAUCAAUGAAAGACAGACUGUUGACAACUCACAACACUCCCCAAUGGACAGACUACAAUCUGCGUUUACUGUACAGACUCCGACGAGAAAACAGCAAACUAAGAGCAAAAGAGGUGCCGUUGCCAGCACAGCAGCAAGGAGUCAAAAUGGACCAGGUCCAGUCUCGCCGGACAGGUUUAUUCCCGAUCGCGAAUUUAUAAACUCGCCGUCGUCGCCAUUUCGUGUGGGCAAAGCUCCCCAGGAACUCUCGUCUGAAGAGAAAGUGUUGCGGCAUCGUUUACCCGGAGAGGACCCUUUCAUGCCCGCACGGCGCAGAAACCUAAUAAGCAAACGACGUAUUGUCUCGGGUCGCAUGAAUACUACUCGUUAUGGCCCUCAUCUUGUGAACGAUCCGGCGAUUAUGCCCACUGGCAGGCACCACGGUUCGGCAACAACAUCUCCUAGACAAGUAAGCAAUGGGGCUGUGUGGCAAGUGGGUGGGAAUUCUGCAGCAGUUGGGCAACAGCCUAUAGCAGACUUUGCCCGUUCUCGGGUUGUUCUUGCGAGCAGAUCGAAUGCUCCUAUAUACAGUGCGCGAUUUAUACCUCAUCUUGCAUCCUCCGAGGACAGAAAGAAGUUUGAGUCGAGAGUGGCACUUGCGUUAGAUAUUGACCCAACAACGAGACUGCUGAAACAGUCCGAGCCCUGGCCUUUUCUCGGAUCCACGCGAAGUCCGUUUACGUGGAAAGACAAUGUUUGGACAAAAGCAGGACGGGAAAACUGGACCAUAGGAGCAUCAACAAAGGGAAAGGCAAGAGUGGUUCCGACUCGUCCGUUUCGCAUUCUAGACGCACCAUUCCUGCGAGAUGACUUCUACUGCACCACCCUGGCGUAUUCGUCGACCACUGGGGCUCUCGCAGUCGGCUUGAAUCAUCGCGUCUAUCUCUGGUCUGAAGCCUAUGGCGUACAAAAUCCACCCCUCGGACCCCAGCAUCCUUCAAAUUAUGUGACUUCCUUGGCAUUUUCCUCAGAAAAUGGCGGUAGAAGCAUCCUGGCGGUAGGUCGACAUUCAGGGGCAUUAUGUCUAUGGAGCACAUAUGACAGGGAAGCGCGGUUUGAGCUUAGCCAACCGGACAUGAUCACAUGCGUAGCGUUCAAGCAGACCAAAACACGCCGACUGUCAGAGCGUUUUCGAAAUUAUGAGGUAGACACGGAGGAUCUAGCCGUUGGCGAUGAUGCUGGCAACAUCUGGUACUACUCAGUCGAGUGGUCUGACGAUCAAACCCGGGCCCACUACCACUGGCCGGGAACGAUGGUCCUGAUUGCUAAAAUCGCCGCUCACACGCAGCAGGUCUGUGGCAUUAAUUGGUCACCGGAUGGGAAUAUUAUGGCAACCGGUGGUAAUGACAAUGUGUGUCUGAUAUUUGAACUCCACGAUAUCAUCCCCGCGCGAGACCUAGGAGUCACCGCAGACAUCCCAGGCGUCUUUCCUUCAUCGGCUUCAGAUGUCAGCCAACACCUUUUGGUCAGAUAUCCCCUCGUCAGCCACUUGCCUCCGAUAUGGGCCUAUUCUCAUCAAUCAGAGUCGUUGUCAGCCUCCCUUCUCGUUUUCGUUGGGUCUGUUAUUCACGGGGGUACUCGUACAACAUCAGUCGGGCCCAAUCGACAGAAACAUAGGCUGGCUCACUCCGCAGCGGUGAAGGCGAUUGCAUUCGCACCCUGGCAGUCAUCUCUUCUAGCCACCGGCGGUGGCUCAAACGACCGAGCCAUCCAUUUCUAUCACGUACCCUCCGGGGCGUGUCUGGCUACUAUUAAUGUAUUUGCUCAAGUGACGAGUCUUAUCUGGAGCCAGACCCGCCAAGAACUUGCUGCAACCUUUGGGUUUGCACAGCCCGAGCAUCCGUUCCGAAUCGCAGUUUUUGCGUGGCCAAGUUGCGAACAAAUCGCGGCAAUUCCCUGGGGGCCAUACGGGAGUAGCUGGGAUGGACCGGAGAAUGGGACCCAUGGCGAUUGUGGUCGAGCUCUCUGUGCAGUUAGCUACCCUGGGCGGCCGCCUCCUCGGGCAUUCGGGGGACUUGAACACUCUAGAGACUCUUCAGCCUCUAAGGGACAAGGUCUUCGACCCAAGCGAAGGACACGAAAUGCCCGGCGUACGCACACCGCUCAACGGGCAGCCGUGCGACCUCGAGCGAAGGAAGGGGGCCUGUGGUGCUCGCGUACAAUGAAUGAGGGAUGUAUAAUCGUGGCGUCCAGCGACGAGAGCGUGAAAUUCCACGAAGUCUGGAGCAACUCAACGAAAAGACAAACAGCAGUAUUGGAGCCCAACGGAGGUGGGAUUUUCGACGGACUGGAAGGAUUGGAGAAACCAGGCAGCGAAAUCAUCCGGUAG